GGAGUGUCACCAACAACUCGAGCGCUUGCGUCCAUUGACGAUAUUACGGUGCAACGCCAUCAUGGCAACUCGCAAGAGCGAUAUGCUCAAACCUGAGGGCAACAUAAACAUUCCCGAGCUGCAAUCCGACCUUCGUCGGAAGUACCGUAAUGUCGGCGCCAAGGUCGAGGAAAUCUGGCGCAACUUCACGCCCAAGCAACGGGAGAAAGCAAUGCGUGAGGCGGUGGGCGAUGGCAAGGUUCUAAAACACUCCCGCGAUCCUGGGUUGGCCGGCCUGAGACGCGUUCUCCCAGACUGGAAUCUACAAGAUAUCACGUCUACUCCGGACUUCUUUCUCGAUCGCUUGAAGCAUCGCGUGAAGACGAGCCUACAAACCCAACACUUUGAAGGCGCGAACGGAGGCCCGGGCGACCAGGAGAUCAUCCGCCCUGGCGCUCAAACAAUCAAUAUCAACGAAAAUAAAUUCGGCUUGUUCAUCAGUGAUGACGAACAGUACGGCCAAUAUGUAGAAACCACUGGAGCUGAAGCAAGGCGUGCGUUCAUUGAGAACAUGCCUGUAAAAGUUCGGCUGGUCAUCCCGGGCAACGAAGCAUAUCUCGUCAUCAGCAGGCAAACAUCUACGUUCAUUUUUUAUAAUAGCUUGAUUGAAGAGAUCUUGGAUUUAGGAUCCGACAGCAGAGCUACGAAAACCGCUUCUUCGGCCAGGAAAGCCACCAAAGAACCAGCCAACGCGAUGGCCAAGCUUGCGCUUGAACCAAAGCCUCUUAAAUCAUCUAUCGCUGAAGUUAUCGCUCAGGCAGUCGAGCAAAAGGUGGCAUUAGAGGACUACCUGGCGCUCUUACGAAGCGAGCCCGUCGUCCUCAACCAGUCUGUCAACAUGACAAACAGCAGCCGGCCAGAGCUCGUCCCGGAUGACCGAGGACGCAUACUUCCCAUGUUCACCGACAAAUAUAUCACCACGGCGUUCUUCGAGGUCAUGUGUAAUGCCGUCAAAACCAUUGUCACCUGGGAAUACAUCGUCCGCCUGGUUCGCAUGCUAGAAGGAGACGGUAUGAACGACAAAUUGAAGCGGCCAGUGGUCGUGCAAGAGCUCUCCAACACAUGCCAUCUGGAGUACCGUCGCGCACAGUCGGAAUUAAGACGGCAGAUGUCGCAGCCCGCUGGUAUGGCAUCCAAGUGCUUCAGACGCAUCACGACGGGUGGCACGUCCCGGGUGGUCAUCAAAGGUCAGCCGGCGGACUAUACUGUGUCUGACCCUCAACUGCACUACAUUCUGCGGAUCUGCCAUCCCGAUGCCAAGCAUACGGAAGCCGCGCAAUGGAUGCAAAGACUUGAUGACCACAACACACGGCACCCUGACGAUUUCCAGCGACUGACUGAAUUCCAAGUCCUCGCGCUUGGUGAUGUAGCGAUUAUUGUCAGUUUCAUGCACACAUUGUCUACCUCGUUGGCCAUGGUAGCGGGGUCGAAGAAGCUCGGUGUUUUAUUCACGACGAGAAUGGGAGAGCUAGAUGCUGAAUUGGCGCAAUACAAGGGCGAAGCAGAUUUCAGCGAUCACGUGGUGCCCAUGGGCAAUCUGUUGGAGCCAGGUGUCGCGAGCAAGGCUCUCGAAUCGCUCGAAAACUUUGUGAUCGAACGGGCUGGAACCAGCCUAGGUGGACUGUACGAGGAAAUCCUGCAUGAUUGCGUGACCGACGUAGAGAAGAAAUGUUCAGACGCAAAGCUCAAUUUCGACAAAGCUCAGUCGCAACAGCAGCAGCAGCAGCAACCACUCGCCCCACCGAUCGUAGAGGAGCCCAAACCCGCCAGCUUCCGCGCAGAGCAACGAAGAGAGAAAGCGAAAACCCGCCCGGCCGAAGAAGUGAGCGCAUACAACAUCACAGCCCUCACGCCCGCCCAACUCGAAGUCGCCGAAGAGCCCACUCCCCAACGACUCAAAGUCAAACCCUCCACCGCCUCCGUCUUCUUCACAAUCUUCGCCAAAUCUCAAGCCCGCGGAUCCGUCUCCUGGGCAAAUUUCACCAGCGCCAUGGCCGAUCUCAAUUUCUCCGUCACGCCCAAGUACGGUUCGGUGUUCACUUUUCAUCCCCCACAGUCGAUGGGAGCGACUCGCUCCGUCACUCUCCAUCGCCCGCACGCGUCCGAUAUCGAAGGGUACAAGCUAUUGAUUGUCUCGAGAAGACUAUAUCGGACCUACGGCUGGACUCAGGAGACGUUUGAAGUCGAGGAAAGUGUAUCGUAGUAUAACUUCUUUCUCUCGCGAGUAUGACCAUGGCACUCGAAUGAGGAAGAGAAAAACUGUGCUCGCCUGUCCAUGCGUUUCAAACUACGCAGUUUGGUAAGACUUAUUGAGGGAGGCAUCCUCUCCUGUAGCCUAAGCUCGUUGAAGCGAAUGAAGUCUUCUUCUACGCUACUCUACCUUACUCUCGCUUAUAACUUAUAGCUAGGCCAUUUGUCGUUCCUCCCUUCUUACCACCACCACCC